UUUACAGUCUGCCCACAUCGUUUCGAAAUCUUGUGGCUGAUAACAUAUCGUAUCAUUCUGGCUAGGUGGACGUAGACGACAUGCUAGCCGCGGAAAGAAGCAGACCUUGAACCCCCCCCCGGCAACUUGGAGAUUAUUGGAUCGCUUUAGUCGAUGGGUUACUGCGUACCCACGAGCGAUUCAAGUGCGAGUGUGAUGACAACCACUACGUCAAAGGGAUUCUAUACCCUGAAAUUAUACACCCUGGCUGUCAUUGUCCUUUCUAAAGGAUACCCGAGAAGUGAACGAUGGCAGGCCCUGUGCCGCAUAGGGUUCCUUGACCCCACCACUGUAUCCCAACAACCUGCAAAUCACAAAACAUUGCACAGUACGUGCAGCGACACGCGCACGCACACGCGCUUCAGUAACGCGACACAAGUCACGAUCGAAGCUGAUCGGAUGAGGCGUGGCAUGGACGCGUACUUUUGUGCUCACAACUUCUGCGCGGUGCGCGGGCGGACAGGCGCGGGUGAAGUGUCCGAGAUCUGCAUCAUCCCUUGCAUACGGCCGCUACAUUUUUCGAAGUGGGGGUGGAUGGGGAGGUUGGGAGAGCUUACUAGGGUUGGGUCUAGUUCUACUUGCUUGGGCUUGGUGUAGGGAUAGGGUGUGUGUAUGAGAGAGGAGAUUGGGAAAGGGAGAGAGGAAGGGAGGAAGGGGAGUGUUCAGUGUUGAGUUUGUGAGGGGUUGAAGUGCAAGAGAGGCCGGCGGCGUUGAUUUUGGCUUUAGUGGUGACUUGUUAAGAUGGGCAGGAUUGGGGUUAUCGGUCCCAUAUACUUAAGAAGUGAUAUGGGGAUCCUAGGACAUUGUAUACUUGGAUGUGUAUACCGAGUAAUGGGGAUCAAUUAGGGCUUCGGUAUG